UAAGAAACAUCGAAACACCUCACAUAUCGCCAGCAGGCCAGCAACGUUGCGAGACCGUUGACUCGUCACUCCGUCCGUCCACCCACUGCUCUAGUUCGCAUCGCCAGAUCACGUGGCCGGCCGCCGGCCGCCGGCCUCCGGCCUCCGCUUGCAAUGGAUGCUGUCAUCGCGUUCACCUCAGGAAGCCCUAGCCCCACGCGCUUCUACUACUCAGCUUCGCCGUCGAUACGCGUCCCCCAGAGCCUCUCUGUCUGCGGCCCAUGGCGCGGGCGUGGGCGCCCCCUCCUCGCGCUCCGGCAUCGGUCCCAGACCCAGGCCACCGCAGCGGCGGCCGGGGCGGCCGAAGUAUCCCACCACGAUGUUGUAGUUGUGGGCGCUGGGAUCGUCGGGCUCGCCAUCGCGCGCCACCUCCUCCUCCACACUUCUCUCUCCGUUGCCAUCGCCGACGCUGCCGUCCCCUGCUCCGGUGCCACAGGCGCAGGUACGCUUCCUUCGGCGCUUGCGUUGAUGGUUCGGUGCUUCAGCCUUCAUGGCGUUGGAUGUAAUAAAUCCUUGGGCCUCUUCCUUGGGUGGGGUUCGUUGUGGGCAGGGCAGGGAUACAUAUGGAUGUCGCACCGGAGGCCGGGGAGUGACACGUGGGAGCUGGCGCUGCGGAGCAAGCAACUUUGGGAGGAGCUGGCGGCCGAGGUUGACGGCCAGGGAGGCGGCGGUGCACGGGAGAGAUUGGGUUGGAUGAGGACAGGAAGCUUGCUAGUUGGGAGAACUUCGGAAGAGCUGGACACAUUGGAGGAAAGGACCAAGGUUCUGUCUCAGGCAGGCAUACAUGUGGAAUUCUUGUCAGCCUCUUCAUUACAUGCAUUAGAACCGGCACUCAGUGUAGGGAAAGAUGGUGGUGCUAUGUUCUUGCCACAAGACUGUCAGAUUGAUGCAUUCCAGGCUGUCUCUUUGAUUGAGAAGACCAAUAACUCAUAUUCCUCAGAAGGAAGGUAUAGGGAGUUCUAUAAUGAUCCUGCCAUGUCAUUAAUAAGAUCGGAGGUUACUGGAACAGUUGAAGCUGUCCAAACUUCCAGAAACAUAUUGUAUGGCAGAAAAGCUUUUAUAAUUGCUUCUGGCGCCUGGACUCGAUCCUUAUUGCAUAGUUUCUUAGAACCAGCUUUGAUGUUGGAUAUUCCUGUCAAACCACGAAAGGGCCAUCUUCUUGUGUUGGAGAAAUUUGACAAGGUUAAGUUGAAUCAUGCCCUGAUGGAGGUAGGAUAUGUUGACCAUCAGAUUGCUAAGCCAAAUAGCACACACAUGGCUUCAGAAUCUAGUGAAGAUGAGCUUGGUGCUUUAUCCGUAUCAAUGACUGCAACCGUAGAUACAAAGGGGAAUUUAGUUCUAGGAAGCAGCCGGGAGUUCAAAGGUUUUUCGAGGGAGGUUGAUAGAUCCGUUGUUCAGUGUAUAUGGGAACGUGCAGGAGAGUUUUUUCCUGCAAUGAAGAAUGUUUCUUUUGAUAUUGAUCAGAAUACUCAAAUCAGAAUAGGGCAUCGCCCAUACAUGCCUGAUGGAAAGCCAGUUAUUGACUUUAUUCCUGAUCUGCCAAAUAUUUUGAUUGCAACAGGACAUGAAGGAAAUGGACUUACUUUGGCACUAGGCACUGCUGAAAUGGUCACCGAUAUGAUUCUUGGGAAUCCUGGAAAAGUGAGCCACUCACCUUUCUCCAUCAAACACAGAUUUUCAGGUAAUUUUGGUAAAUAGGUCCGAAUUCUGCUUCUUCUUCUUUUUUGGAAAAAAUAUUCAUGUUUUUGUGAUUCAGACUUUUUCUUGUCUCCAACACAGUUUAAAACCAGGACUUGCUUUUUUAUGCCUUGAAAGCUAAUUUUCAAGACAACUUUCUUUAUUUUGUUUAUGUAUUCUAGCUCUUUACUUGCACACAAUGUGUUUUCAAUAUAGAACUACUGAAUUGGAGAUCAAACCAAUUUAUUACUCAGCUUUCAAGUUGUGUCGUUUACUCGAAUUGGUGUUUUACUAACUUCAGUUUGUUCGAAAUGGUCAAACAUAGGUUGCAUACAAUUCCAGGAUCCUAACACCUACCGGAAGCUUUAAAACCUUAUGACCGAUAGUGAAGUGAAUCACUUCUUUUCCUUUCCUUUUGUUGCAAUUACAGUGUGAUCAAUAUUUUAGUGAUUAAUUAGUUUACUGAGUACUAACCUUAUCCUUGUCAACCUCACGAAUAAUGUCAUUAACAACUUGCUCAUUAGGCUUUAGUUCACCAUCGCCUAGAGCCUCCAUCAACUCAGCCAUUUGAAUAAAACCACUCCCGUCUUUGUCGAAGAACUUGAAAGCUUUAGGUAGAUACUCAUUAUUACUCAUCUUUUUAAUGUGAAGAAGACUGUUACAAAUUCCUCACAAUCUAAUGUGCCAUUUCCAUGUAUGAGCAUUGAUUUCAUAACGCAAAUUACACUUUUAGGUUUGUGAAUGAUUGGCUGCAAUUACAGAUGGAAUUUACCUCUUUGACUCCAUUCAUUGUAGUUCAGUUGCCAAUAUCCCAGGCAUCCUAAUACUACAUUAUGUAAUAUAAGAAUAAAAAAUGGUAAUCCUUGCACUCACCGCUUGUAACAGCAUCUU